CGAGGCUGAAGGUGAGUAGUGUGCCUGUGGGGACCUCUGUCCUCGCUCGCGCAUGUUUGCUCGACUUGUCCUCUGUAGGAAAGUCUCAAUAAAUCGCUCGUGUCUUGCAUAGCGUCCUAGCGUAGCAUUUGCAAUCCCAGACUGCUACGACUUCACUCACACCCACAGUGCAGAAGGCAGAUCACAAGACCAGAAGACUCAAGAAGGGCGGCCUUAUUUGAAAGAAGCACCCGGCACCUCCUACAUUCCGAGACCUCGACUUUCAUGUGACUUUCCCAUCGGACCUGUGUGCCAGACUACUGCGCGUCACUUUCGACACGAUCAUUCUCUCAGCUAACAUAUUCAAAACCCACCGCGAUCCCAAGUAGCACAGCCCACCGCCCUUCGCUCGACCACCGGAUCCCAGCGAUACACAUACACCUAGAAAGAGCCAGGCAGCCAUCGCUUAGUCAAUUCAAUACCAGCUUCGCGUCAGCUUUCCCAGCCCAUUGGAAUAGUAGCGCAGCUGUCAACAGAGGUCCAUUGCCCAUAGUGGCGUCGACAAAGUGGAUGCGAUACCGUUGAAGCCGUGGGAUUUCCUGCGGUCUACGCCCGCUAUGGAUCACAGUACAUCAUCACUGUCGGUGGCGGCUGCAGGUGGAAAUGGCUCGCAAACGAGAGGCUCAUCGCGAGCACCGAGUGUCCCGAGGAGAGAAGAGACGGGAGACUCAGAAAAGGCAGGGAGGGUAUGGGCACGAGGCGUUGGAGAUCCAUGGGACCCCUGUAUAUUAACGUGCGAUGGGGGUGGCAUACGCGGAUACAGCAGCUUGCUCAUCCUUAAGGCACUGAUGCACGAGAUCUGGGUAUGGGAACAGUACUACGAUGGACACUCGACAGUAAAGAUACGGACAGACAGCCCAACAGAAAUGCGCACCGACAGCCCGACAUCCUUUCGCGAAAUGAACGACAUCGAACAAGCGCAGUCGGGAGCCGCACGAGGACGACGUGGCUCGCACAAUCAGUCAAGCAAAGACUCUUAUCAAACCGCACAAUCCCACGGCGUCGACGUCGAUCUUCCCGAGAGCAAAAUUGCGCCACAGAGAGCUGCUACAGCAAUAGCCGAAGACGAGCUCACCAGUGAUCUGUCGGCAAAGAAAGCCAUUUCAGAGGAAGAGCUUCUUCCAUGUCACUACUUCGAUUUCAUGUACGGAACAUCGACGGGUGGCCUGAUCGCGACUAUCCUCGGGCGACUACGCAUGUCAGUAACCGAAGCCCUCGAGCUGUAUCGCAAAGUUGGCAACGACCUUUUCGGCACGAAACGCAGCUCGAUACCCCUGAGGACCAAAUACCACCACGAGCCGCUUGAGCAGGCAGUGAGAGAUAUCGUGAGUAGUCGUUGCCACGAGCACGAGAAUUGUGACGGGAAUGACCUUCAUCCUUUGGAGUUAAAUUCAGUCGAUGCUAUGGGCAAGCCUGUCCCAUUUGAUGUUGAUAAGCCUCGUGUCUGCCAAUCAUGCUGCCUAGCGGCCACCCACAACGAGAACAUCAAUGAAGCCUACCUCCUGCGAUCGUACCCUCAAUUCUACGGAGAGUCCACACCGAAUUGGAUCACUAGAUACAACGAAGGAGCGGAUGCGAUACCUAUCUGGCAAGUGACUCGCGCCACAUCCGCCGCACCAUUCUACUUCCAAAUGGUCAAAGCCAUAGUAGACGACAUUGGCGUCGAGCGUGAAGUCCACUUCAAAGACGGUGGCAUCCGAGAGAACAACCCUAGCGCAGCAGCUUUAAGCGAAUUCCACGCCUUGUACGAAGGUAAAGCCAAGCAGCCAGCACUCAUGCUCAGCGUCGGUACAGGACGACCAAACCAGGCACGAGACGGCUUCGCAACAAACUGGCCUUCUUGGUUCGGCCGCAUGAAAGUCGUCAACGAUUUCAUGGAGAAGCGAGCGGUCUUACAGAAUCUUCUGAUCAAGUACACGGAAGGUGAACGCCAACACCAGCAUAUGCGCGAGUACGCACAAGGCGAACACACUUGGUACAAGCGCUUGAAUGUCUCGCACGGUCUGGAGAAUAUGCCGCUGGACUCUUGGGAUCGAGGGCUGUGGACGGAUCCCAAGACCGGAGAAGAGCGCACUGUGCCAGGCGGAGCAAGCUUGACGAUGAUGGAAGAGGUGACGGAGGAGUAUCUGAGCCGGCCAUAUGAUAAGAACAUCGACACGUAUGCGCCGCCGAGUACGAUGUUGAGACAGGCUGCGCAGAAGUUGGUUUUGCAGCGUCGUGCGCGAGAGGAACUUGGUGGACCCAGGUGGGAUACUUUCGUGGGUAAAGGACUCCAUGGACGCAAGGUAGAAGCGACUCGUGUCAAUGGGCAUGCGGGCUGAGAGAUGACUCUGGAGAACCGUCGACCCCCCAGCCGAGCGAAAUGCAGACUGGUGCUGCGAUAGCUCUGGCUCUCUCCUCGAGACCGAUUGCGAGGAUGCAGCCUCAAAACUAAGAGGCCUGCGGUGUCUGCGCGAAGAAGACGCUUCGAAUCCUCAGUGCCGAGAGAGGUCACGGAGUACCAAGCAAGACACAGAGAGUCGGAGGCCAACCACGUGCUCAUACUGGGCCAGACUCCAACUGAUGAGCUUGGGGAUGAGAUACAGACUACAGCGCGACCUGAACGCGAGCUUCAGGGCUAAUACGACAAGAGCAGGCUGUUCACAAAGAAAGAUGUAAUGGGUAUGAGGACAUACUGUCAACACAGGCGGCCUGCAUGUAAAUAUAUCGAUGUCUAGCUCAUAUGAGGACGCUGUGAACACAAGCUUCAGUAUUCGUUGUCGGUCUUCACAACGACUGGAACGUCAGCA